AUGGCAUCUCUUGAAGAGGAGGAGGACCGUGAUAUGGGAGGCUCCCAAGACGGAAGUUCCGAUAAUGAGAACGAGAUUGACGAUACAAUGCGUGAUGUCGAUGAUGGCGAAGGAGACAACGAUCAAGACCAAGACCAAGACCAAGACCAAGAUGCGGACAGUCCCUCCAACACGAGCCAGGCCUCUGAGGGCGCUGGAAUUACCUCACAACAGAACACCGAUGGUGAUAGCUCAAGGCUAGAAGCAUUCUCUAUCUAUCACCCUAGCGUGCGCGCCGAGUGUCUCACUGCCAAAACGUACGAUGUCGUACCUACUACUGCUGCGCCGCAUGCCACCUCGAUCAAUGCCAUUACGGCUACCGCAGACAUGCGCUGGGUCUUCACCGGAGGGUCGGAUGGCUUUGUGCGGAAGUUCAACUGGGCAGAUUCGAUCAACAGCAAGCUCAUGCUGACUGUGGCGCAACGGCAUCCCUUCGUGGAUAGUGUCGUGAAAGCUGGAGUGCUGAUGACGUACUGGGAGAACAUGGAUGGGAGCCACUUGUCGCCGGUGUACUCCCUGGCUAGCCAGAGCGAAGGCUUAUGGCUGCUGACUGGGCUCGAGUCUGGUGCAAUUCGAUUGCAGACUUUGCGCCACGACGAGGGCAAGGAGAUUGCUCUUCUGCAACAACAUACCUCUGCGGUGUCCUCACUGAACUUGACAUCAGAUGAAGAAUCAUUGCUCUCUGGAAGCUGGGAUAAGCGGGUCUUCGACUGGGAUCUCAACACCGGACAGGCUAGACGGGCCUUUGGAGGCAGUGCUGGGCAAAUUUCUGCCAUGCAGAUCCGUCCGGAAUCAACUCUUCCAGUACCCAGGGACACUAUUGACCUCCACCAGACUAAUGGCACGUAUGCGUCCAAUUAUGCAGCAGUUGGGACAGAUAGUUUCAACUUUAUGGAUACCUCACAGGACGCCGGAGACGCAGGUCAAGCCGAAAACCCGCAGGCGGGUUCACCGGCGGACUCACUGUUUGGUGGAGCCGAUUCGUUAUUCGGCGAUGCGGAUGGAGGUGCAGCCGAUGGUGGCGCCCCAUCUGGGGGUGUAUUCGGGGUAGACGAGGACGAUGAAUUUGGCAGAGCCAUGGCCCACGGAGCUAUGGCAGAUGCAGAUGCGCCGGGUGAAAUUGACGACGAAGUGCCAGCACCUCCUAGCAUCGCAAAUGCUCAGACUGAACAAAGCAAAGUGGCAGGAAAAUCACCUUUGAAGCCAGAUCCUUCGAGUCAGCAGAUAGAUUCGAACGAUUCCAACAUCCCCACUGGAGCAGUACAGCCUGUUGUCAAUGGAAUUCCCAAGGCAGAGGAUCUCGAGACAUCUCAUGGUCAGGACUUCUCACAAAAUAUGCAAUCCGAGCAAGGCAUCCAGACAGAUAACACGUUCCUGGCUGCGUCCAUCGAUGGAACAAUCCGCAUAUGGGACCGCCGACAGCCCGAUCCAGUUGCUCGCAUAACCCCUCAAAACGUCCCUCCCUGGUGUAUGAACGCCUGCUGGUCCCCCGAUGGGAACUAUAUCUAUGCAGGACGACGAAAUGGCACUGUCGAGGAGUACAGUCUCCACAAGGGUCUCAGAAAUGCUGAACGGACAUUCAAAUUCCCCCAGGGAAGUGGACCAGUGACAGCACUUAAGGCCAUGCCGAAUGGGCGGCAUCUCGUCUGUGCCUCUCAUGAUAUCCUCCGUCUCUACGACCUACAAAACGACCAGAAUGAGCAGUCCCGCUCAGCUGUGCCCUUCCUCAUUAUUCCAGGUCACCGGACAGGAACUAUUUCACAACUUUUCGUUGAUAACGCGUGUCGCUACAUGAUCUCUACAAGCGGGAACCGUGGCUGGGAGGGUAACACCACUGAGGUCCUCCUCGGCUAUGAGAUUGGAGUACCUCAAUAG